AAGGGACAGUCAACUGUAGCAGGAGCAGCAGCAGGAGCAGUAGCAGCAGCAACAGGAGCUGCAGCAGCAGCAGCAGGAGCUGCAGGAGCUGCAGGAGCUGCAGGAGCAGAGGGAGCAGCAGGAGCAGCAGGAACUGCAGGAGCUGCAGGAAAUGCAGGUGCAGCAAGAGCAGCAGGAGCUGCAGGUGCUGCAGCAGAGGGAGGAGGAAGAGGAGCAAAAGGAGGGUUAGGAGGAGGAGGAGCAGCAGCAGUAGCAGCAGUAGCAGCAGCAGCAGCAGCAGCAGCAGUAACACCACCUCAGGAGCAGCAGCAGCAGCACCAGCAGCAGCAGCAGCCCGGCAGCAACUGCAGCAGCAGCAGCAACAGCAGUAAUAACAACUACUGCAGCAGCAGCAGCAGCAGUCUUGGCAAGAUGAAUACAGGCCUCUUUGGCCUCUCAACUGGGCUGCAGCAGCAGCAGCAGCAACAGCAGCAACAGCAGCAAAACGCUGCAGCAGCGCAACAAGAGCUGCCUAUACACCAGAAGAAUUAUCUUGUGUCGCUGCAGUCGCGGCUGCAGCGAGUAGAGCAGCUAUUGAAGGACGAGACCCCUGCAGCACUAGGCUUUUCUUAUGAUUUAGAUAGCAGCAGCAGCAGCAGCACAAGCUGCAGCAGCAGCAGCAGCAGCAGCAAUGCAGGACUUACACGUGCACAGCAGCAAAAUAUACAAAUGGAGCAGCAAGUGCAGCAGCUAGCAGCAGCAAACCCGCAACAAGGACAGGAACUCCUCUCUCGUUGGCAAAGAGCUGCAUGCAGGAACCCUGAUAGACAAGCAGGGUUGGCUAUGAGCCGCGGCGUCUGUGAGGCAAAUCCGCGCUGCGAGGCAGCAAAUGAGCAACUCUUGAUGCAGAUUCAGGAGGAGUUUCAGUGGGCGGACUGGCAGCAACGUAUUGACGGUCUGCGUGUAUGGCUAGCGAGUUUGCAGCAGCAGCUACCAGAGAACAGCAGCAGCAGCAGCAGCAGCAGCAUCAGCAUCAGCAGCAGCAACAUCAACAGUGAUGAGCAGCAACAGGUUGUUGCUCCUGCCCUGUUACGGCUCCUUACAGUACAAGCAGAGACAGUGCAGCAGCUGCUGCAGUCCCUUGCUAAUACAGAGGCCCUUGUCUCCCGCCUGCAGGCAUCAGCCUUAGCAGCACGACCAAGAGCAAAAUAA